CAACCCAACCCAACUCAACCAACCCAAUAGUCCAACCAAACCCAACCCAACCAACCCACUGGUCCAUCCCAAUGGUCCAACCUGCGUGUUGUGCAACGCUAAAAUCGGCUGGAACCAUUGGUUGGAAUCAUUGGCUGGAACUUUGUAUUUGCAGUUUACAAUCUCUAGGACGAAUUAAUUUUUUUUCAAAAAAGGACUUUGCAAUGUUGUAGAUUGCUCAUGUGAAUUAAAACUGAAGUGGGCAAACCGCCAGUGGCAACCAACUGCCUUUACUCUCUCAUGAUAUCUUGCCAUCCAUGAAGACGCUUAUUGAUAUUUUGAUGAUUGAAAUGGACAUUUUGAUUUCGUGCUGGCCGCUGGGAUGUUCACAAAGAAUUAGACAUUUUUUAUUCUUGGCGUUUGAGAAGUAUCAAGAUAUUGGUACUGAGGACAUAGAAGUGACCCUGCUUUUCAUGUGUGAGUUCAACGAUGACGUCACAAUAUAACUCGUGAUAUUUAUUCUUGGAAGCCGCAUUAGACGACAUUGCCACGUUUACUUUCGUUUGAGUUGUUUCAAUGAAAAUAUAAUUGUAACGUCUAUAUAUUCGUUGAUAAAAACUGCUGUUUGGUAUUGCAAAGCGAAAAACGAACAAACACAAUCGGGACGAGCAAAUCGAGCGUCGAGAGCAAAAGUCUGCCUUCAGAUUUGUACCAGAUUGAGAAGCUGUGAAUAGAAAAUGAAUAGUUCAUCUGACGAGGAUUAUGAUGAUCUUGAAAUGUCUGAGGGGAGUGAUAUACAGGAUAACAUAGAUCAACUUCGACCGCAAUUUCUAAAUUUGAUGAAUGAAUUUGCUGAUGCUGAGAUGUUUCUUAUUGAUGGCGAUUCCUUGCUGAUGGAGCAGGCUUUGGACAAAAAUCUAGACUGGACUUGUAGUGGUCAAUUGCUUCAUCUUGUUUACCUUUUCGAACGUUAUCUUCAUCUUUUUGUUCGUAAAGGUGGCGUCUUUGAAAUAGUAUUUUUCCAAGAUCUCGGUAAAAUGUGGAAAACACAAACAAGUAUCCACCUUGCACGUAAUGUCAUUAUAGAGCAUCUAAAAGCAAACGUUACACAUAAGAUUUUAUGUGAAUUUGAAAGUCCGUGGGAUAUGAAAUUUCAAAAAUACAUAGAAGAAUUUGCUCCUUCUUUUAUGCUUCUUUCCGACGGAUUAAUGUCACGAAAUUCAAAUCAAAACUUUAUCCAUAAAGAUGCACCUGAAUUGUUUGAACAUCAUUUUUUACAAGUUUUGAGUUUGAAAUUAAAUAUUGCGUUUACAAAUCCAAUUGAAUUUGGUACAUCCACCCUUAACGGCUUUCAUAUUAUGUAUGAGCGAAAAUUCAGCGAGUGGGAGAUACCCGAAACAAAUCCAAUUUUACAAUGAUGAAAGCUUCCUUGCAAAUGAAAAAAUCAUUGAAAAUGUUUGCACAGCAGUGAAAAGCAAUUUAUCCUUACUGGAUGAAUCAUGUCAAAUUAAUGGUGUCAUUGAUGGUCGACUUCUGCUGUUUGUUGUGUCAACUUGUGUUUACAUGAAAUCAUUGAGGAGUUCAGAAAACAAAGAUUUCCAACAGGAUAUUGCACGUCUUAUUCUUAUUCAUGCGGUCUUACUUACAUCACUUCCUCUGAAAUACCGAGCGUAUUCUCUCGAAAAGGUUCAUCAUUUAAUUUACAACAAAUCAUCAUUUCGUGAUAAAUUGAAGAAUAGUUUAUUAAGAUAUCAAUUUGUAAUGGCCGAAGUCUUGCGAGUAACCAAAAUGACAACGAACUACCAUUUGCUACACAAACGAUUUGUGACUCGUGGGAUGGACGUUUGAUUUACCACAUACUGUUUUUGCUGCUUGAAAACUCGAGUGAUAAAAGUGCUUUGACAUUGACGCCUUCUCAACAUAAAAAAAUUGCAUGUCUGGUACGUGCAAUAUCGUCAUUACUGAAGGAGAAUGAAUGGUUAGAUGUACCUUAUCUUCAAUAUCUUGAUGUCAAUUAUUCAAAGAAAAGCUGUGAUGUUAGUCACUCAAAAUCAACUUUUGGGCAAACUAAUUUUUUGAAU